UUCUAAGGAUGUAAAAUGAGCAAGGUAUGGAGAAGGCUGCAGCGUGUUGGUAAAACUGCCUACAAGUUUGAAUUCACCAUAAAAGUACACACUGUUACUCUUGAAUGUGUUUCUGGAUGGACUCCAAAUCAAGUGUCAGUGCUGUGGGUUAGAAGGGGGAGGAAGGUUCGAACUGAGGCAACAUCAUGGACAACCCUACCUGGGAAGGACACGCAAGGAGUUGUAAACUGGCACGCUCUGGAGGCAACCAUCACACUUUACAUGGAUACCAAUUCCCAGAAGAAGAAGUUCGAUGACAAAUACUGGACUCUGAUUGUAGAGAAUAUUGGCCCCAAUGGGAAGCACAAAGCUCUGGCCACUAAGAGGAUCAACAUGUCCCAGAUGGCAGACCCCUCACUUCACCCUCAGGAGACUAGAAGAAAGUACAGGAUGAAACCUGUUGCUCGUAAAGUUCAUCUGACCGAGGAGGCGGCCAGGACUUCUGUUGUGUUGAUUCUAUUCUUCUCGUAUCUUAUGGGCUGCUCGUGUGAGGCAGGCGAUUCUGUCAGUGAGAUUCACGUUUUCAAAAGUCUUUUGGACCCCGUUCCUUUAAGAUGA